AAAGACGCGCCAAAAAAGAACGUGGAAGGAGACUGGAGUUUAGCUUCAGUAGCUAAAGAUCCAGUGAGCCCCUGAGGCGUUGGGGAAACUGAGGUCCCACGCGGGGACGUCUGGAGGGCUGCGACUGAAGAGAAUCGUAGGUCUUGGGUAGGGGUCGCCUGAGGAGCUCGGGCCUCAGUCUUUUCUCGGCCCUGCCUAGAUUCCCCCCGGGAGGAAGGGAGAGCGGGGCGGGGCACAUCUGCUGCUAUCCAGGAACCUGCCCUGCUGAGAACUGGGAGACCUUUGGGACGUCUAUCUUUGCAAAAGACAUGAAUGGAGACUAUAGAGGCAGAGGAUUUGGACGAGGGAGGUUUCAAAGCUGGAAAAGAGGACGAGGUGGUGGGAGCUUCACAGGAAAAUGGAGAGAGAGAGAACACAGACCUGACCUGAAUAAAACUACGAGAAAGCAUACUUCUAGUAGGGGAGAACAAACCUCACAGUCUUUGCUACUACAAUCAACAUUGGAUCAGUUCAUACCAUAUAAAGGCUGGAAGCUUUAUUUCUCUGAAGUUUACAGCAGUAGCUCUCCUUUUAUUGAGAAGAUUCAAGCAUUUGAAAAUUUUUUCACAAGGCGUAUUGAUUUAUAUGAUAAGGAUGAAAUAGAAAGAAAGGGAAGUAUUUUGGUGGAUUUUAAAGAACUGACAAAAGACGAUGAAAUGACUAAACUGGUACCAACUAUAGCAAAUGAGUUAAGGGAUACACCUGAGAAAACUUUGGCUUGCAUGGGUCUGGCAAUACAUCAGGUAUUAACUAGGGACCUUGAAAGGCAUGCAGCUGAAUUACAAGCCCAAGAAGGAUUGUCUAGGGAUGGGGAAACAAUGGUAAAUGUGCCACACAUUCAUGCAAGGGUCUAUAACUAUGAGCCCUUGACACAGCUCAAGAAUGUCCGAGCAAAUUACUAUGGAAAAUAUAUCGCUCUGCGAGGGACAGUGGUUCGUGUCAGUAACAUAAAACCUCUGUGCACUAAGAUGGCUUUUCUUUGUGCUGCAUGUGGAGAAGUUCAGGGUUUUCCUCUUCCAGAUGGAAAAUAUAAUCUUCCCACAAAGUGUCCUGUGCCCAUGUGUCGAGGGAGGUCAUUCACUGCUCUCCGUAGCUCUCCUCUCACGGUUACGAUGGACUGGCAGUCAAUCAAAAUCCAGGAGCUGAUGUCUGACGAUCAGCGAGAAGCUGGUCGGAUUCCACGAACAAUAGAGUGUGAACUUGUUCAUGAUCUUGUGGAUAGCUGUGUCCCAGGAGACACAGUGACUAUUACUGGAGUUGUCAAAGUCUCAAAUGCUGAAGAAGGUUCUCGAAAUAAGAAUGACAAAUGCAUGUUCCUUUUGUACAUUGAAGCAAAUUCUGUUAGCAAUAGCAAAGGACAGAAAACAAAGACUUCUGAGGAUGGGUGUAAGCAUGGAGCACUGAUGGAGUUUUCACUUAAAGACCUUUAUGCCAUCCAAGAGAUUCAAGCUGAAGAAAACCUGUUUAAACUCAUUGUCAACUCACUUUGCCCUGUCAUUUUUGGUCAUGAACUUGUUAAAGCAGGCUUGGCAUUAGCACUCUUUGGAGGAAGCCAAAAAUAUGCAGAUGACAAAAACAGAAUUCCAAUUCGAGGAGAUCCACAUGUCCUUGUUGUUGGAGAUCCAGGCUUGGGAAAGAGUCAGAUGCUACAGGCAGUAUGCAAUGUUGCUCCACGUGGUGUGUAUGUUUGUGGUAAUACCACAACCACCUCUGGUUUGACUGUAACUCUUUCAAAAGAUAGUUGCUCUGGAGAUUUUGCUUUGGAAGCUGGUGCCCUUGUACUUGGUGAUCAAGGUAUUUGUGGGAUAGAUGAAUUUGAUAAGAUGGGGAAUCAACAUCAAGCCUUGUUAGAAGCUAUGGAACAACAGAGUAUUAGUCUUGCUAAGGCUGGCAUGGUUUGUAGCCUCCCUGCAAGAACUUCCAUCGUCGCUGCUGCAAAUCCAGUUGGAGGACACUACAAUAAAGCCAAAACAGUUUCUGAGAAUUUAAAAAUGGGGAGUGCCCUGCUGUCCAGAUUUGAUUUGGUCUUUAUCCUGUUAGACACCCCAAAUGAGGACCAUGAUCACUUACUCUCUGAACAUGUGAUUGCAAUAAGAGCUGGAAAGCAGAGAACUGUUAGCGGAGCCACUGUAACUCGCAUGAAUAGUCAAGAUUCAAAUACUUCUGUACUUGAAGCGGUGUCUGAUAAACCAUUAUCAGAAAGAUUAAAGGUGGUUCCUGGAGAAAAAAUAGAUCUAAUUCCCCACCAGCUGUUGAGAAAGUACAUUGGUUAUGCUCGGCAGUAUGUCUAUCCAAGGCUGUCCACAGAAGCUGCUCAGAUUCUUCAAGAUUUUUACCUUGAGCUCCGGAAACAGAGCCAGCGGUUAAAUAGCUCACCAAUCACUACUAGGCAGCUGGAAUCUCUGAUUCGUCUAACAGAGGCACGAGCAAGGUUGGAAUUAAGAGAAGAAGCAACCAAAGAAGAUGCUGAGGAUAUAGUUGAAGUUAUGAAGUAUAGCAUGCUAGGAACUUAUUCUGAUGAAUUUGGAAACCUAGAUUUUGAGCGAUCCCAGCAUGGUUCUGGAAUGAGCAACAGGUCAACAGCAAAAAGAUUUAUUUCUGCUCUCAACAACAUUGCUGAAAGAACUUACAAUAACUUAUUUCAAUUUCAACAACUUCGGCAGAUUGCCAAAGAGCUUAACAUUCAGGUUGCUGAUUUUGAAAAUUUUAUCGGGUCACUAAAUGACCAAGGUUACCUCUUGAAAAAAGGCCCAAAGGUCUACCAACUUCAAACUAUGUAAAAUGACUACCAACCCAGGACGUCUUGAGAUUAUUAGCAGUUUAAAACUAUCUCAGUAAUAAAGAGUAUGAUAUAUAUAUAUAUAUAUAUAUAUAUAUAUAUAUAUAUAUAUUGUUCUCUGGAAAAUGAUGUCCUAAAAUUAAUGUAAUAGGAAAAAAGAUUUAAGAAGUGAUAAAGCCAUGUGUUUAGUUUUUAUAGUUUCUCUGAAAGAUGAGAAAAAU